UUUCCCUUUCCCUCCCCACUCAAACUUGAAACUCCUCUCUCUCUAAACGGAAGAUUUUUUUAGUCUCCAUUAUUUAUUCUUAUUCUAUAAACUAUCUUCGUAAUUUUCAUUUUCGCCCCCUUCAUUUACCUUUAUCUCAACUGCUGCAUAAUCUCUCUCUCCUCAAUUCCCCUUGAAAUAAGAAGAUUCGGAAAACCUUUUUCCGCUCCAACUUUUUAUUGGUCCACAAUGGAAGAGUGCUCCGACCACAAGAGGAAGCGACUCGAGGAUGACUCGCACAGUAACUCGCCCGAGUCGAAGCGUUUUCAGGCCGAGUCGGAGGAAUCGCAGUUGAGCUCGCCCGAGGCACAGCGGAUCCAUGACGACCUACUCAACAUCCUAGAUGACUCGGACGUGGUCACAGACCGUGACUCUGCUAUCCAAGGCCUUGACUCGGUGAUUAGAAGCUUCGAGGAAGAGAUUCUGAUUCCAUCUCCGGCGCUGGCGGUUCUGGAUCUCCCUUCAGACUCCGGCGAGUCUCAGCCGGAGCUCGGUUACCUUCUUGGAGCGUCCGACGACGAGCUCGGUCUCCCGCCGACAAUCACCUCCGGCGAGGAAGCGAGGAUCGAAGCCGUAGAUUUCGAGACGGGUUCAUCAGACGCCAUUGGAUUGGAUGGGAUCUUAGGGUUCGAGAACGAGAUGCGAAGUUACGACUCGUUCGAGUUCGGACUCGGGGUUGACCCGAACAGCAACGUCAACGACAGUAGUUCCGAGUUUGUGCCGUUAGGAGGGUUGUUUGAUCAUUCCGACAUGUCGGAGUUUUCGUGGCGACCGGAGUCGCUGCCUGCGUUGUAGAAGCGUUUCGGCGUGCCAGGGUUUUGUUGGGGACCCGGGACGUUUCGUGAAAUAGUUGACUGUUAAAUAGAAUAGGCUGUAAAUUUGAAAGAAAAAGUAAAAAGAUAACUAAAUGGAGGAAUGUAGAUCUCAAGUUUGAAACAGUUUGUUUUGUUGUA